AUGAAGACUGAGGGUGAAGAGGAAGAAGAACCCAUCGACAAGGAAAUCCUCAAUGCAAGCGCUGAUGAGCUCAGGAAUCGGACUCGCCUACUGGACAAUGACAUCAAGAUUAUGCGAUCUGAGUUUCAGCGCCUGACGCAUGAUCAAACGACCAUGAAUGAACGCAUCAAAGAUAACGAAGAAAAGAUCCAAAACAAUAAGCAACUGCCGUACCUGGUGGGUAAUGUGGUUGAGAUUCUGGAUAUGCAGCCGAGUGAUGAGGAGACGGAGGAAGGUGGUACAACAGACGAAGAUGCAGCGCGGGCGGGCAAGUCGGCUGUCAUCAAGACAUCCACCAGACAAACUGUCUUUUUGCCCCUCAUUGGACUUGUUGAGGCGGAAGACUUGAAGCCUGGUGAUCUUAUCGGCGUCAACAAGGACUCUUAUCUUGUGCUGGAUACAUUGCCGGCAGAGUAUGAUUCACGAGUCAAGGCAAUGGAGGUGGAUGAAGCACCUACAGAGACCUACAACGAUGUCGGUGGACUCGACACACAGAUUGAAGAGCUCGUUGAAGCUAUUGUGCUACCCAUGCAACAGGCAGAAAAGUUUGUUACGUUGGGCGUCAAGCCACCCAAAGGUGCACUCAUGUACGGCCCACCCGGUACCGGCAAGACGUUGCUUGCACGAGCCUGUGCGGCAGAAACAAAAGCCACCUUCCUCAAACUCGCAGCACCACAACUCGUCCAGAUGUUUAUUGGCGAUGGUGCAAAGCUUGUGAGAGACGCAUUCGCCUUGGCCAAGGAGAAGGCGCCCGCCAUCAUCUUUAUUGAUGAACUCGAUGCAAUUGGCACAAAGCGAUUUGAUUCUGAAAAGUCGGGAGACCGUGAAGUGCAACGGACCAUGCUUGAGUUGUUGAAUCAACUGGAUGGAUUCUCAUCAGAUGAACGCGUCAAGGUGCUUGCGGCCACCAACCGAAUUGAUACGCUGGACCCUGCAUUGCUGCGUUCAGGUCGUCUCGAUAGGAAGAUUGAGUUUCCAUUGCCGAAUGAAGAUUCGCGUGCGGCUAUCUUGCAGAUUCACUCAAGAAAGAUGACUGUUGAUGAUCGCGUCAAUUUCGAGGAGCUGGCGAGGUCGACGGACGAGUACAACGCCGCUAUGCUCAAGGCUGUUUGCGUUGAAGCUGGUAUGAUUGCGCUGCGGGAGGGCCAGAACACGGUGAUGCACGAGAAUUUCAUGGAUGGUAUUGCAGAGGUGCAGAUGAAGAAGAGCAAGUCGAGCAAUGUGUACGCAUGA